AUGGACGAUGAAGUUCGGAUAAGCGAAAAACAAUUCCGAAACACCUAUGCGGCUGGCUUCGAAACCUGGGCUCAACUGUAUUCUCUCAUCGUUAAAGAUGCGAAGCUUCCUAGUCACUGCUUUUUUACGAAAAACACGUUUCCUCUCUUGCCGACCUUCCCACAGAGCCUCGAGCUCGAAGAGCACUCUAACGGAUUAACUGCCUCUGGAUUCUCUACCUGGGGAUCUUUACCAGCAAAAUGCGCUCGCUGUAUUCCUUCUUUUCGGCGUCGAGUACAGCUCGAGGUCGCGGUGAAGGACCCAGUUCUGCUUUCGAUCUCCGAUUUGGCUCCAACUGAUUCGUAUUCCACUUCGUGGUUUAAUUCUCAGAACGACUAUGUAACAGUCCUUGUGUUGGCGUGGACAUACAUCCUAUCGGCUCGUUGGGCGGAAAUCAUGUCUCCUGCUUGCUCUCUCACCUACACCAACAACCUAGCAAAGCACUACGACGCAACAACAAUAUCCAACAACCCCCAGCAUUUCAUUGACUCAAUUUCAACAUUCUCAGAAGCUUUCGGCUUUCUGAGUAGAUUUUGUACACGUCACAACAUCGUCGAUCAAAGCCAUGCCGCAUUAGCUGCUGUCCUCCUGCUCCCCUGCAACACUAAUGGAAUACGACCCCUACUCCUCAGCAUAUUUUACGAACCUAGUAUAGAAUGUAACGCUGUAACACCCUGGCUACAAGGAACGCUCGCUGCUAUCGAAUCACUGGCUGGAGAAAAGCUGUCGAUUUUUGGGCGCAUGUGUAUGGAGAGAAGACCCGAGGUAGCGUGCAUCUGGCUAGGCAGUGCCAUCUUAGGUCUUCAACCGAAACUCCUGCAGGAUGUAAAAUAUGGACAGAUACCGAUCGACCUUGACUCCGCGGCGUGGACUGGGACAAUCCAAUCAUUCAUACAGCAACCUGUGUCUAGGCCGCUUACAGUUAACGGAUAUAUACAGCGCGCCGACGAAUGUCGUUUACUUUUCCUAUGCCAGUCCAAGAACCAUACUCGAACGCCGAUCUGCCAAUGGAAACCUUUUGGAAAAACCCCCAAGGAUGACGUCGAUCUCGAAGUCAAGGUCCACGAGCAUUGUGAAGGCCAUGGACUUCAAUAUCAAGAGUUUGUCUGGGACUGCACAGAAGGAGAACUAAAACUCCCAUCAUUACAACUAUGUCCGCACGGAAUUCAGGGUCAGCCGAGUAUACGAAAAGCUCAGUGUACAGUCCCUGUUGUGUGGAAAGGGUUGAAUCAUGAAAAAGAGGCCAUUUCAGAGAAUGCUACGCGUAACAUCUUCAGCUGGUUGCGUUCUGAUGGGUACGCACCAUGCGAAAAAGCGAUAUCCAAGCAUGAAUGGUUCAUGACAUAUGAUUCAGACGAAGAGCAAGAACUCAUAGAGGAAAAAACUUCCAUGAAUGACUUGAAAGAUGUCAAAAAAAUUGAGGAGUGGCUGACCUGUUCAAAGGAAAGUCUUCUCUAA